UAAACAAACUUUUUAACCGCGACGCUUAUGCGAACGGACGCUAAGAGCGAUUACUUGUAAACUUGCAAACGUUUGGCCACCGUUCGAGUUGUUUAAUAUGGGCAAAAAGAUAAAGUUAGCAGCACUAGCAUUUCUGAUUGCCGUCAUCGCGUAUAUUUAUCCGACAGCCAAGCAGAAAUACGUGAAACAUGUGAAACCCAAAGUGGAAUUGGCUGUCAACUUUGGAAAAAAAGUUGCAAACCUAAAGGUCCUGGGAAAACCUGUACCAUGGAAAUUUAUCCUGCCAGUCGCUGGAGUUCUGUUAGUUUUACUGUACGUCAGGAGGCGAAAGAAAAAGUUGCAGAAACUUAAGGCAGAAGAAGAGAAAAGAAAGGCUGAGCUUGCCGCACAAUACAAAGCUCUUGGGGGAGCCAUAUUGAAUCCAGAACAAGAUAACCAACCAUCGGCACCCACCACCCCAGUGACACCGGUCCAGCCCACCCCUACUCCGACUGUCACCCCAGUAACCCCAGUGGUGACAUCAGUGCCGACAGACAAUGAAAAUGGUGACAUUGGAGGUCGCAUCCGAACAUUCUGUGAAUGGUCCUCGACAAGCACUGUCAACAUAUUUUCCCUGGCGAGGGCUGGGUUCCUAUAUACAGGCCGUGGCGAUGUUGUUGAGUGCUUUAAAUGUAAAGGCACUCUUAAGGAGUGGUUACAAGAUGACGAUCCAUUAGCAUCACAUAACCAGUAUUAUCCGAGCUGCGAUUUUGUUAAGAAGCGCCUAGCCGAGGUGGAUAUAGAAAAGAUGUCUUGUGGGAAAAGAGUAUCUGAUUUAUUAGCCGCAGCUAUUUCUUGUGUCAACCAACUUAAGGAAGUUCAAAAAUUGUGUGUGUUAGGUGGAAGUGCAGCCCAGAAGCACCUGGCAGACUUACAGAAACGUCUGGAUACCACAGAACGUACCAUGCAUCUUGUCAUGAAACAGAUGGAGGCAGUUACAAAAUGCUUAGCGAGAACCCUAGAGAAUGAUCCCGCCGGAGACGCCACUGAAAUCAACGACGGGCUGAAAGUGAUGAAGGAGAGUAAUGUCUAGACUUGGGGAAAAGGGAUUAGAACUUCGAGAAAUUGUUUUGCUUUUUUAGUUAUCAAUUAUUUAUAUUAUGACUCAGGCUGGCGAGUUUCAUUUUGCUUGAAUGAACUAAUUUGCACAAUAUAGCACUGGAAAAAGUUUAGGUUUUACGGGUCAUAAGGCCUAAAUCAAAGUUUUCUUACACAAAGUGAACGCCCAACCAAAAAAUAUUCGAGUCUGAAUUAACAACACUUUAUUAGUACGAUCGUUCUUGAAUUCUUUUGAUAACUUUCUGUUAUGGUUUAAAGUUUACACACUGUUUAAUUUUUUUCUAAAUCCAGCCAUUUAUUAGCCAAUUCAAAAACCUAUUUUCUAGAAAGUGUGCUUAAAGAUACUAAAUCCAUUUUUCCCGUUGAACUUUAUUCUUGCCAGAAAGAGCUCAGCUCUCCUAAUCCGAAGUAGCAUUUACGGUUAGACAAUAUUGCUGUGAUUUAGAGCAUUGACAAUUUGAUCAACUUUCUGCCACUCGCAACCGCCUGACGACUUCUUGUACAUACUUCACUCAUUGUGUAUAAUAGAUAGUAUUUGUAAAUUAUUAUUGUUAAAUAUUUAUUGGUUAUAUUAAAUUAUUGAA